UUCUGAGUGAGGCUGCCCUCUUCUGGACGAAUGUCCUAAAAGCAGAUAAACUGUUUUUCAGGAGAGAGGAAGACGAGUUGUCUUCAUCGGCCGUGGCCUCCCUCGUCCCCAGCUCCUCCUACUACAACACCUCCGCUCCAAAGGCGGAGCUCCUCAUCAAGAUGAAGGACAUGCAGGAGCAGCUGGAGGAGCAGGACUCCGAGGACGAGCUGGACAUCGACCUGGCCAGCAAGAAGCAAGAGCUGAUCCUGAGCCUGGCCAGGAAGUUGGAGGUCCUCCGGGAGGCGCGGCAGAGCCUGCAGGAGGACGUGGAGGACAACGAGGCGCUGGGCCGGGAGGUGGAGGCCACCGUGCAGCGCCUCUGCCAGCCCAACCAGCUGGACAAGUUCCGCAUGUUCGUGGGCGACCUGGACAAGGUGGUGAGCCUGCUGCUGUCGCUGUCGGGGCGGCUCGCCCGGGUGGAGAACGCCCUCAACAGCCUGGAGGACGAAGCGCCGCCAGAGGAGAAGCGAACGCUGACGGAGAAACACAAGCUCCUCAUGAGGCAGCACGAGGACGCCAAGGAGCUGAAGGAGAACCUGGACCGCAGGGAGCGGCUGGUGACCGGGGUCAUGGAGGCCCACUUGGACGCGGCGAGCCUGGACGACUACAGGCACUUCGUCAAGAUGAAGUCGGCGCUCAUCAUCGAGCAGCGCAAGCUAGAGGACAAGAUCAAGCUGGGCGAGGAGCAGCUCAAGUGCCUGCUGGAGAGUCUGCCGCUGGAGCAGAGGCCGCCGUUCUGACCCAAACUUCUGCUGCUUUACCAAAACGUAUUUUUGCUAUAGUGACUUCAGAUUCCCCGCCCCUUUGAUCGAGCCCCGCCCACCUGGAAGUCAGGUUUUUGACUUCAUAUUUUGGCUGCUCUCCAUCCAGAAUGACAGGAAGUAAGAAAAUAAAAGUCUGAUCAUCUUUU